GAUCCUUUCUCAAGGAAAAAAAAAGGAACAUUGUGGACAUCCCUAUUCUCCAUUUCACCUUCCGCCGCCGCCGCACUUCUCCCCGCCCGUAGGUCGAGCAUCGCCGACUUCGCCAGCCGGAUCAUGUCGACCAGCGCCAACCCGAAGCCGAAGCGGCGGCGGAGGGGCCCGCCGAAGCAGUGCCCUGAGUACCCCAUGGUUGCCACCGUGGGGGCAAUGGUUGCCCACGAGGUGGGCGCCGAAGGGCCACGGAGGGACGCGAGGCAAGGACCUGCGUUCCCUAGGGUUGUUACCACCACGGCCAGGGGAGGAAGAGGUGCCGGUGAGCAGGGCGCUGGCGGAGUGGAGGGUUCGGCGUCAAACGCUGAUAAGAGCGCUCACGAGGCAGGUGGCGUCGAUGGCACGUACCUCACCGAGACGCGGUUUGAUCAAUGUGCUAUUUCUCCACUGUCGCUGAAAGCCAUCAAAGAUGCUGGAUAUGAAAGGAUGACCCAGGUGCAGGAGGCUACUCUGCCAAUAAUUCUUCAAGGAAAGGAUGUUCUUGCAAAAGCAAAGACAGGAACAGGAAAAACAGUUGCCUUUUUGCUCCCAGCCAUUGAAGUUCUCUCUGCGUUACCUCGUUCAACUUCUAUAAAUUUGCUGGUGAUGUGCCCUACCAGGGAGCUUGCAAACCAAGUGGCUGCUGAGGCCAGGAAGCUUCUCAAGUAUCAUCGCUCACUGGGUGUGCAGGUUGUAAUAGGUGGCACACGGUUACCUCAAGAGCAACGAAGCAUGCAAGCUAACCCAUGUCAGAUCCUUGUUGCUACCCCUGGAAGGCUUAAGGAUCAUCUUGAGAACACGCCUGGAUUCUCCACCCGAAUUAAAGGUGUGAAGGUUCUUGUUCUUGAUGAGGCUGACCGCCUGUUGGAUAUGGGAUUCAGAAGAGACAUUGAGAAAAUAAUUUCUUUCAUCCCUAAAGAGAGGCAGACACUGCUGUUUUCUGCUACUGUUUCAGAAGAGGUCCGCCAAAUUUCUCACCUUGCAAUGAAGAGGGACUAUAAUUUCAUUAACACUGUUCAAGAGGGCGAUGAGGAGACACAUGCCCAGGUAAACCAGACGUACAUGAUUGCACCUCUAGAUCUGCACUUCCCCAUAUUGUAUGAUGUAUUGAAGAAGCAUGUUGCGGAAGAUGCAGAAUACAAAGUGAUAGUAUUCUGUACUACUGCAAUGGUUACAAAACUUGUCGCUGAGGUACUCUCCCAGCUAAAACUGAAUAUAAGAGAGAUUCAUUCCAGAAAGUCGCAAUCUGCAAGAACUAAGGUCUCAGAUGAAUUCAGGAAAUCGAAGGGUCUUAUAUUAGUCAGCUCCGACGUAUCUGCCCGCGGUGUAGAUUAUCCUGAUGUCACACUUGUCAUGCAGGUUGGUCUGCCAGCUGAUAGAGAACAGUAUAUACAUAGACUCGGAAGGACUGGACGGAAAGGCAAGGAGGGGCAAGGCAUCUUACUAUUGGCUCCCUGGGAAAUGCAUUUUCUUAGUAUAGUUAACGAUUUGUCAAUAUCAGAGGCUGCAACACCUUCGAUUGAUUCAAGCAUUCAGGCAGCAGUCAAAGACGCAGUCAGAAGAGUGGAGAUGAAGAGCAAGGAAUCAGCUUACCAGGCAUGGUUGGGGUACUACAACUCAAACAAGGCCAUCGGCCGAGACAAGGCCAGACUUGUGAGGCUGGCUGAAGAGUUCAGCCAGAGCAUGGGGCUUGCAGUCCCGCCAGCCAUUCCCAAACUCAUUCUACGGAAGAUGGGCCUUAGCAAUGUUCCUGGGCUCCGGUCUUCAUAACCGUGGUGAUCCAAAUUCAGCAGAAUUUGACCAGUGCUUCUCUCAGCCUGGUAAACGCUGUGCUUCCACCAUUGUUGCACGUUCGUGCUGGGCCAUGGAGAUUAGCAUAUUGUUUUUGCUGAAGUUCAGGAGUUCCUUAAGAUGAACUGGAUUCUAUAGUCAUGACGUCAACCAUGACUGCUUCAUUUUAUCUGAAGCCGAACCUGACCGGUGCGUUAUCCACAACAGACAUUUUCAAACAUGCCCAGCGAUUAGUAUUCGGUUCUAUCAAGUUUUCAAAUGGGUACGAACCCAUAUUGAUUAGUAGAAUAUAUUUGGGGAAGGAAAAAAAAGAUAUAUGUAUUUGCUGGCAGCACCACAUGUGACAUGCCAGUUGAUAUUUUCAUUGCAAUGGUACACUUUGUCAUUGCAAUGAAAAUAGUUUUUAUAUUAACGUUGGAGCUAUGGAUGAGAUCUACAAAUUUUCAGUUUUGAGGUUUAUUAUUAUUAUUUGAGAUCGCUAA